AUGGUUGAAGAUUCGGAACGACCAGCCAAACGUCUGAAAAUGGACCAGAACAAUACUUCAGACACCAAACAACCACAUCAGAACAAGGGCAAAUAUCGCCCACAGAGCGGGCGAGAUGGCAAAGGCAAGAAUCGGCAAGCACUUGUCAUUAGCGCUUCUGGUAUACAUAACAAUGAUGUGGGCAUCUUUGUCACCAGUGACAAGGGCCAGGAAAAGAAAUGCUUGCAGGAACUUGUCGAUUUACUGGGCGAGCAAUUCGACCAAAGUGGCCAGGCACCGAGCAACGCGGAAGAUGAGAAACCUCGUGAGGAUCUUGAUCGCGAUAUCGAAGCAGAUAUCCAGGCAGAGCUCGAUUCACUAAAGCCAGAACGAAGCACUGCAAAUGCGCCAGUGCAGAAAUUGACAUGCGUCGAGCUCGAUAUCCCUUGUGUUUCGUUCGUGCGCUUCCCAGGGGGAUUGUCCGCCUCACAUAAUCCUGUGGAGAUCGUCCGUACUCUCUGCGCAACAGCAGCGAACAAGGACUUUCAAGGACCUCGCAGUCGUUAUAUCAAGAGAUUGACCCCAGUGUCUCUCGUGCGAAAGACGAUGGCUAAUGGGCUUGAGUCCCUUUGUGAUGAGCUGCUGCCAGCUCACUUCAAGGUGGAAGACGAGAGAUCAGUAGAGGGUACUGCGACAGAUGAUGCAGGAACACCUCAAUCGAAAGGACUAAAGUUUGCAAUCCGGCCAACAAUUCGAAAUAACAACAAGAUCGACCGCGAUCAAGUGAUUCAGACAGUUGCUCCCAAGGUCGAAAUACUGGGCAAGGGAAUACACAAGGUUGAUCUCAAAGGCUACGACAAGCUAAUCCUCGUUGAUGUCUAUCGAAAUAUCAUCGGCAUGAGCAUUGUUGGAAAUGAUUUUGAAACGUUCAAAAGAUACAAUCUUUCAGAAAUCCACUCGAGCCAUUUUGCAGACGACAAGACGGAGUCAAGCACUACGCAAGCCUGA